AUGGUUUCCAUCGCCGGACAGCAGACCACUGUUGUGUUGGAUUCUGGCUCCUCAGAGCUCUGGGUUGAUCCGGAUUGUUCAACAGCAAGCCGGGCUAGCGGUGGUGAUGGCGAGAAUGAGACAGUGGAUACGCCCACGACGGACCCAGCAUUCUGCAGGGCGGUCGGUCGAUACGACCCUAGCAAGUCCAACUCUGCGCAGAAACUGGAUGCCGGCACGACAUUUCAGUAUGCGGAUUACACCGCUGUCACGGUUAACUACUAUUCGGAUGAUAUAAGCAUUGGAGGCCUCACCAUUCAGGACCAGAUAUUUGGGGUUGCAAAUGCAUCAAACCAGACUGCCCUUGGCAUUAUGGGUAUCGGCCCAUCGUCACUGGAAGGCUUCAACAAAUCAAAGCCCUACUCACUGAUCUUGGAGAGUCUAGCAACACAAGGCCUGAUCAACAGCAGAGCAUUCAGCCUUGAUCUUAGAGAUUAUGACAACUCGACAGGAUCCCUCAUCUUUGGUGGCGUUGACAAGGGAAAGUAUAUCGGAACGUUGGACAAGAUUCCAAUUCAGACUCAACAGAUGACUUUCGGUGGCCAAGAUUACGCAGUUUUUGGUUAUUGGGUAACCGUCACAUCAUUGGGACUUACCCAGCCCGGGUCAAAGUCCUCCAAUGCCUAUACAGUCCCUGAUGGAAGCUUUGUGGCAACGCUGGACAGCGGAACCAGCCAAAUCCUACUACCAGAGGGCCUCGCCUCUCAGAUCUGCUCAGAUGUCAACGGAACCUCAAGUGGAGAUGCUGGCGGCUGCACCGUCGAUUGUAGUGUCCGUGACCUGCCCGGUGGUCUUGAUUUUGGCAUCAAUGGAAAGACAAUCCAGGUAACAUACCAAAAUCUGGUCAGCGCAUUUGAGUACCAAGGUCACACCUACUGCUUCCUCGACGCUUCCACCAGCGGAGUCGACACAACUCCACCAACUUAUAUUCUCGGAUCACCUUUCCUCCGUGACACCUACGCCGUGUUUGACUGGGACAAUCAGAACGUCCAUCUUGCUCAGGCUGCAGACUGUGGUAGUGACAUUGUAGCAAUUGGAAACGGCACAAAUGCGGUGCCUACCGACAAGGGCAAUUGCAAGACAGACUCAGGGUCGAUCCACUCGGCCGUGAUCAACAUUGGUUUCGUGCUUGCUGCCGCGGCUUUCGGGAUAGUGAUGGCUCUGUAG